UUGGUCCGUGCAGUUUUAAUAAUUUAAACAUAUGUGUAAUAUAUUAGAAAAUUAAUUAGAAGUACGUUAAUUGAUUAGAUAAAACAAUACUGACAACUUAAUCUUCAAUUUCCUUCAUGAAAUGUAUAAAAGGUGUGCCCUAUUAAAUUUUGUUCAUCAACAUGUUCAGAUUCAUCUUCUUGGUUACGCUGCUAGCAAACUCGGCUUGGGGCGCUCCUCAGUCCGCGCGGAACGGUACAGAUCUGGAUGGCAGAAUUGUUGGUGGAACCGACACCACCAUCGAGGCUCAUCCGUACAUCGUAUCCCUCCUGGAAUUGAACUCGCACGUUUGCGGUGGAUCUAUCAUCUCCUCAACCUGGAUUCUUACCGCGGCCCACUGCAUAUUCCUACAAGUUUCUGCCUAUUCCAUUCGAGCAGGAUCGACCGUCCGUAACUCCGGAGGGCAAGUGGUCGCUGCCAGCAGGAUUAUUCUCCACCAAAGCUUCAGUUGGAGUACUCUUGACUUCGACGUUGCUGUCAUCCAACUUGCCAGCCCCAUCACCAUCGCGGUAGCCCGUGCUAUCACCAUGGCAGCGGAAGGUGGUCCACCAGCAGCCGGAUUGACCGCCACCAUCACAGGAUGGGGAGACAUCGUAGAAGGUGGACCGAUGGCAACUAUUCUUCAGGUCGUCCAGGUGCCCAUCAUCAGCCAAGCCAAUUGCCGUGCUGCUUAUGGUCAGAAUUCGGUAACUGACAGAAUGUUCUGUGCUGCGGUUUUAGGAGUCGGGGGAAGAGAUGCCUGCCAGUCCGAUUCCGGUGGACCGCUGAUUGUCAACGGAGUUCUUACUGGUGUCGUCUCGUGGGGUAUUGGUUGUGCUCGACCCAACUCCCCUGGAGUAUACGCCAGCGUGCCCAAUCUCAGAGCUUGGAUUAGAGCCAAUAGCGGUAUAUGAGAUGUUCUGAAUCUGACAUUGUUUUGAGUAAUAUAUAUUUAAAAUUAAA